GACCAGGAGCAGAGUCGCAGUCCUACACACUUCUCUGCGCUUCCAGAGUAGUUACCCACUCAAAACUUCUUAGUGACAGUGUCUGCCCCCUGACAACUUAAAUUAAUUAAAUCAAAAGUUAAUAGAAGAGGAGUUAUACAUGAUAGCCUAAAAGAAAGUACCACCACUGAAAUAGUACAACACAAUAGAAGAAUUAAAUGUGAACAUCUUAAACUUAAACAUCAGAUCUCUGUCAUCUAAAGCUGUACUAGUGAAUCAUUUAAUAUGAGUAUCAUAUUGACUUAUUUUGUCUUACUGAAACCUGGCUGGGUCAUGAAAAAUAUAUUUGCCUAAAUGAAUCCACUCUGCCCAGUCAUAUUAAUACUCGCAUUCCUUGAGGCACCAGCCAAGGAGGUGGAAUUGCAGCCAUCUUCGACUCAAGCCUAUUACAGUUUUUCUCAGUUGCUUUGGUACAUAUCUCAGAUCAGAAUUGAAAUUCUCAAAACUACCUGUUCAAUUCUCACAUCAUUGUGUCACUUGUGCACAUCAAAAAAGCAGUUUCUCAUUUCUUUGAACAAGUUGCAAACGCUUUGGUACAUCCAUGCAAAUGAGUAUGUACAAUUCUCUGUUGUUUCCUACAUUAUCAGUUGCUUAUGUCAUGUUGAUCAAAAUGUAUUAUAUUGGGUCUCUGUUGAAUAGUCUCACCCCCCACAACAUUUAGGCACAAGCUCAUAGCAUAAGUCUUUACAUGCAAAAUGGUUGAACAAGUUAUCAUAAUAUGUCAAGCAUAUUUCUAUACUUUCUAUAUUUCCAUUAGACUUUUUUCUAAAUCUGUCCUGAAUUGGUAAAUUGCUUCCAGGUGAAUCUUGACUUUCUCUAACGAAGGUGCUUCUCAUGAAGCAUCAACUAGCAGGUAUAUAUAUAUAUAUAGCCGGAGCAACAGAAUGUUACAAUGUUGGACAAUGGAAGGACAAGGAAUUGGACGGGGUCAACAGCCAGAGAGAAGACGAAGAAGAGGAGUGAGGCUGCGUGGUGGAGGAGUUGGAAGGCAAAACCGAGGAAGAGGCAGAAGAGGCCGAGGACAUAUGCACGUUCCUGAUGAGAUUAGAGCCACACUCGUAGACCACGUUCUCAAUCAUGGGCUUACAAUGGCCGAGGCUGGUCGAAGGGUGCAGCCAAAUGUUGGAAGAACAACUGUGUCCUCGAUUAUUCAGACUUUUCGUCGACAGAAUAGGUAUGUAAUCUAACAAUAGGCAUUGUACACUGUACUUUCAUUACUAACUUUUUUUCCCACAUAGGACUGCAAGACAAAUUCACAGGGGUGGCAGAGGGCCCCUUUUCACACGUGAACAGGAGGAGGCCAUUUGCACCAUGCGUAUAAUGGAACUGGAAGCAAGUGAACCACCGCACAGCUUCCUCUACAUGGAUGAAGCUGGCUUCAACCUAACAAAACGUAGAAGGCGUGGUCGAAAUAUCAUCGGCCACAGAGCUACAGUUGAUGUGCCAGGCCAACGGAGCGGAAACAUAACCAUGGGUUGUGCAAUCUCUGAGAAUGGUGUGCUAACGCAUAUUCCCAUUUUUGGGCCCUACAAUACAGAGCGUCUUGUCACCUUUUUAGACACUCUCUACAGGGAUCUCAUCCCUGAACAAGAGAGGGGUCAGAUUGGAGAUGACCUGCCAAAGUAUGUGAUCGUUUGGGACAAUGUCAGUUUCCAUCGUUUCAACAUCAUCAGGCAAUGGUUUGCUGCCCAUGACAGGAUGCUGAUGGAGUUCCUCCCACCCUACUCUCCAUUCCUUAACCCCAUUGAGGAAUUUUUCUCAGCAUGGAGAUGGAAAGUAUACGAUCGUCAGCCACAUACACAAAUGACCCUUCUGGCUGCCAUGGAUGCUGCAUGUGACGACAUCACAGCAGAUGCCUGCAGAGGCUGGAUAAGACACUCAAAAAGAUUCUUUCCACGCUGCAUUGCAAGAGAAGAUGUUCGUUGUGAUGUGGAUGAGAAUUUGUGGCCCAACAGACAGGAUCGUCAAGAGGUGUAGGAAGAUUGUAAUUCCUUAAUGUAAUUUCUACAGCACCGCAUGUACAGUUUUUCCUAUGUUCACAUUUCUUCUUUAGGUUUUUUUUGUGUGUGCUAUUCAGUGCUGUCUUUUCAUUUCUGUAUCUCAAUGACAUGUUCUGUCAAUAAAAUACAGUACAAACAGUAAGAGUGUAAAUUUGAAUCUUUUCCAUUCUCUUGCAAUUACACUCACACAUACACUAAGAUGUAACUUACAAUUGACAAUAAUUGUCAUCAAAACUUUAGCCAUAAUUUCCAUCAGAACAUCCCUCCAAAGUAAACUGUUAUAUUGACAACAUGACUAAACAAUUUGACUGUCUUAUCCGUACACAAUGACACAAGGACUUGUCAUUCUGAUGGCACUGACAUGUUCAUUGACACAGAUAUUUACUUUUGAGAGAUGAACUAAGGAUUUUGAGUAAGAGAGUGGCUUUUGCAGGGUAUCCAUGGUGUUUUGCUAUUUGUACAAAUUGUUUUGAGAAAUGCACUUACUGUUUUGCAAAUUGUGAGUUUGAUUCGAGAAAUGUACCAAAGCGACUGAGAAAAAC